CCUCUCCUCUCCGCUCCUCUCCUCUCUCCUGCGGGGCAUCGGGCGCCGCUCGCCGACCCGGCUGCCAGGCGAGUGCCAGACGCUCACCAUGGGGCGAUGCCUGGUAAUCUGUUGGAUAGCAAUUCUCCUUAUUGUGGCAUGGAGCGACGUUUCCCUUUGCAAAAAAGGGAAGGGCAGACCCAGCGGAGGUGGAUGGAACACAGGAAGCCAGCGCAACCCGAGCUACCCACAUAAUCCCAGCUAUCCCCACAACCCUGGCUACCCGCACAACCCUGGCUACCCGCACAACCCCGGCUACCCCCAGAACCCUGGCUACCCACACAACCCUGGCUAUCCCCAAAACCCUGGCUACCCCCGCAACCCUGGCUACCCCCAAAACCCUGGCUACCCCCAAAACCCUGGCUGGGGACAACAGUACAACCAGAAGCCGCAUAAAAACAAGCCUGGUUUGGGAAGCAUGGCAGGAGCAGCAGCAGCUGGUGCCGUGGUUGGCGGCGUCGGAGGUUACAUGUUAGGGAAUGCACUUUCAGGGAUGCAGUAUCGUUUCAGUAAUCCUGAUGAGAACCGGUGGUGGAAUGAGAACAGCAAUCGCUAUCCAAACAGCGUUUACUACAAGCAGUACCAAGAACCUGUCACCCAGGAUAGAUUUGUGUAUGACUGCGUUAAUGUCACUGUGACCAGUUACAAACUCGAGCCUAGUCAGAACCCAAAUAUGACAGAGAUGGAAACCAAAGUCAUGCAUCAAGUGAUCGAGCAGCGAUGCACACAGCAGUAUCGGGAGUAUCGGCUGGCAUCAAGCGUCAAACAACUGUUCUCCGAGCCCUUGCUGAUCCUGGGUACUGUGCUUUGCAUUUUCCUCGCAAUGCAUUAAGGAAAUGGUCACAGCUUGUGCCACGCUACUGUCUCUGCAAAUGUUUGGAGGGAGUAAUCUACAUCAACAGCCUUCGUGUGGAGGUCUCUCAUUCUAGCUUGUUCUCUCUUAGGCAAAGUACCUUAAAAUCUGUUACGGCAAAUCAUUAUCAAUAAUGCACCAUAGACCCAGGCUGCUAAUGUAUAGCGGUCUUGAAAACCAUUAUGAUUGUGUACCUAGGGCCAGAAGUAAGAUGAGGGCCAAUUUUCCAACAUUAAGAAAAUUGUCUGUUAGCUCCAAGGCCAUACCAGCGCCUACACCUUGUACAUCAACACAGUGCUUACGUAAGUGAUUUUUGUGAACACAUUAAAAAGUGGCCUUCACGAAAACAUCCUCUUCUUAAAAGCUGUUUGUUGUGUUCUCAUAUAUACAAAAGUCAAAUGAUUUUGUCCUCCUUUACUAGACAGAUUUCAGUACACUGUUUUCCAUUCUUCCCUCUAGAUAGGACCAUUCAUAAACUGGAUUUGCCUGGUUUCACAGGCCCUCCACAUUUAUCCAGGCUAAGUAUGUCACAGAGGCAGAAUACUUAAGGAAAUCCGCUUUGCUAGGAAGUGGCAGUUUUAGCCUAAGCUGCUUAAUAUUGUCAACACCAGAAUGGCCCUGACUUGGGGACAAAAUGUUGUUGAGACACGCAUAGUUCAAGUUCAGUUACUUAGCACAUACUCUGUGACACAUGACUAUUUCCGAUUAUUUCACUAGUAGGUUGUAUAGAGCAUCUUCUUGUACUUGCAGUUUACUCUCAAGACUUGUGUACCUGUAUAUAACAUCUAUUUAACUCUUUGCAUGCGGAAAUCAUUCCAGCAGCAAUGACAGAAUAGGUUACCUUAGAAGGCACAAGUGAGCCUGUGGCAGCAGUCCAAACGCCAAGGUUUCAGCAAUUUAAGUUAAGUUGGUUAAAGCUAAACAGAGCAUCCUUUUAGUUGAACUGUAGUGGUCUGUGACUUACGUGGUUUAGGGAGAGAGCUAGCUGAUGAAUGCAGCUACAGCUGAAGCCGUAGCACUUAUUUCAUACCCUACAUCCAAAUUCUGUGUAUGCAGAGCACCUAAGUCAAACAGGCGUGGUUUGGAUCUGACCAUAAUCAAGUCUGCUGUCAGCAACUGUCAGGAAAGGUUCCACCCUCCUCUGCAUGAGUACAGCUCCCGUUGACCGUCACUCAUGCUUACUCAGCAUUAGAAAUCUUGUCCAGUCUCCUGUGGGCAGAGGAUCAAGAAUCAGAAAGAAACCUGCUUCAAAUUUACUUUGGUGACCCAGUCAACUUAGAGCGAGAAACACCCAGAAACCUGAUCCUGAGAGCAACUGGCCAAGAUGUUGGGAACCAGAUUUUGGAAAUGAUCAGCCAAGUCUCAACUAUUGUUUAGUGCUCUAAUUUGAUUAAUUGAAUCCAUUGGUGGGUAAUUUAUUACUAAUCUGCAUUUUGAUCAACUUGUUAAUGUAAAGGUCUUGUAUAUAAUAUGUAGCAUAUGUAAAGUUAAGCUUGUUGAGAUACCCAUUCCCAGUAAUGUAUUUUGUGUAUAUUUGCAGGGCACUUGAAUGACUGAUGUACAAAA